AACAGUAACCGGAAAAGGUUCUCCUACUCCUACACGAACUCUUCUUCUUCAUCCCUUUUCGAUUCCAAUCUCUCUCUUCCAUCACCGUCACUCUGCACACACCGAGAAGAAACUUAAACCCCAGAUCCCCUCAAGAAUUCCACAUCCAUCGCUCGCUUGCGGUAGAAGUUCUGUGAUCCCGCGGAAAGAUGGUUCGUGCCAGCAACUUCGCCGUCGGGCUCCUGAACGUCCUCGUCGUCCUCGUCUCUCUCGCCGCCGUCGGUGCCUCCGUGUACUUCCGCGUCCACGGGAGCCCCACCCCCUGCCAGAAGUCCCUCCAGGACCCGCUCCUCGUCGCCGGCCUGGCCCUGCUCGCCGUCUCCCUCAUGGCGGUCGUGGGCGCGUGCUGCGGCGUGAACUGGCUGCUGCGGCUCUACCUGGCGCUCAUGCUCGUGCUCAUUGUCGCCCUCGUCGCGCUAGCCGCGUUCCUGUUCCUGGUGACGAACAAGGGCGCGGGCAAGGCGGUGUCCGGGCGGGGUUACAAGGAGUACAGGCUAGGGGACUACUCGCACUGGCUGCAGAACCACGUGGCGAGCGGGAAGCGGUGGGAGGAGAUCAGGAGUUGCCUGGCUGAGGGGAACGUCUGCCGGAGCCUCGCGGUGGACGGCGCCGGCAGGGAGGCGGCGCAGUUCUUCAAGAUGAAUUGGUCCCCCAUCCAGUCGGGUUGCUGCAAACCUCCGAGCGACUGCGGGUUCGAGUUCAAGAACGCGACCUACUGGACGCUGAGCCCGGGGUCGUCGGGCGCGGCCGACGGCGACUGCAGCAAGUGGAGCAACGACCCGAAGACCCUGUGCUACAACUGCAACUCGUGCAAGGCCGGGUUCUUGGCCAGCAUCAAGCGGCAGUGGAGGGUGCUGCUCGUGUUCAACAUCUGCGUCGUCGUCAUCGUCCUCUUCGUCUACAGCGUCGGGUGCUGCGCCGCCAAGAACAACCGGUCGGACGUCUAUAAACACCAUCGUUGUGGAUGUUGUUAGACGAUUCAGACGGGGGUGUACAUUCACUUUGUUCCUAGAUAGGAAGACUUGAUACUUAGCACAUUCGUAGGUUCCGAUGUUGUGGAUUUCAUUGCUCAGGAAAGAACUUCUUGUUGGGGUUGUUUUUUUAGGU